GUAAAAGAUAACACAACACUUGUAGAAACAGAUGACACAGCACAUGUAGAGAUUGAUUACAAGAUACAUUACGAAAAAGAUAACACAACACUUGAAGAGAAAGAUAACAGAACACAUCAUGAAUUAAAAUAUAACAGAACACAUGAAUUAAAGUAUAGAACAGAACACAUGAAGAAAAAGAUAACAGAACACUUGAAGGAAUUGCUAACACAACCCAUGUGCAAAAGAUAA